AUGACCAACCUCGCCCGGCAAGUGCGUGCAGAAGUGCUUGACCCUUGUUUCCAUGCACCCCAUACCCUCCCUCCCCAUCCCUCCCCUUACUCACCUCCUUCCCCUCUCUUCCCUCCCUCCCCUCCCUCCCCUCCCUCACUUCCCUCCUCUCCCUCCCCUUCCUCCCCUCCCUCCCCCCUCCCUCACCCCUCUUCCUCCCCCCCUCCCUUCCCUCAUCUCCCUGGCCUUGCUGGCACCUCACAUGUUUGCACCUCACAUGUUCGCACCUCACAUGUUCGCACCUCACAUGUUCGCACCUCACAUGUUCGCACCUCCCAUGUUCGCACCUCCCAUGUUCGCACCUCACAUGUUCGCACCUCCCAUGCUCGCACCUCCCAUGCUCGCACCUCCCAUGCUCGCACCUCCCAUGUUCGCACCUCCCAUGUUCGCACCUCCCAUGCUCGCACCUCCCAGGGCACCUCACAUGUUCGCACCUCACAUGUUCGCACCUCACAUGUUCGCACCUCAUAUGUUCGCACCUCACAUGUUCGCACCUCACAUGUUCGCACCUCCCAUGUUCGCACCUCCCAUGUUCGCACCUUCCAUGCUCGCUCCCAUGCUCGCACCUUCCCAUGUUGGUGA